AUGGCUACUUUGAAUCUAAGCUCAUGGGUACAUCACUCUGUCAGAAAACCCAGAUCCGCUUCCGUACCCGUACCCGGAUCCAUACUCGGCUCCAACCGAUCCUUCCUCAAAAUCCCACCUUUCCUUCUCCGUCCGAAACUCACCGUUUUGUCAGUCGUCACCAGAGAAGAAAACAGCAGUGUCGUCCAUGAGGAAAAGGAAAAGGACCUCAAAUUCGAUUUCAUGUCUUACAUGAUCGGAAAAGCUGAUUCCGUCAAUCGAGCUCUCGACUCCGCCGUAUCGCUCCGAGAACCGGUCAAGAUCCACGAGGCGAUGCGUUACUCGCUCCUCGCCGGCGGAAAACGAGUGAGACCCGUGCUCUGCAUCGCCGCUUGCGAGCUGGUCGGCGGGGAAGAAUCCGUCUCGUUGCCGGCGGCUUGCGCGGUGGAGAUGAUCCACACGAUGUCGUUGAUCCACGACGAUCUCCCUUGUAUGGACAACGACGAUCUCCGCCGCGGAAAACCCACCAACCACAAAGCUUUCGGCGAAGACGUCGCGGUUUUAGCCGGAGACGCGCUUUUAUCGUUCGCGUUCGAGCAUUUGGCGUCCACGUCGGGAGUUUCUCCGGCGAGAGUGGUGAGAGCAAUCGGAGAGCUAGCGAAAGCCGUCGGAUCGGAAGGGCUUGUGGCGGGUCAGAUCGUGGAUCUAAGCAGUGAAGGAAUGGACCAAAACGACGUCGGAUUCGAGCUUCUCGAGUAUAUUCACGUUCACAAGACGGCGGUUUUGCUGGAGGCGGCGACGGUUUUGGGAGCGAUCGUCGGCGGUGGAUCCGAUGAAGAGAUCGAGAGGCUGAGGAAGUUUGCGAGGUGCAUUGGGUUGUUGUUUCAGGUGGUGGAUGACAUUUUGGAUGUGACGAAAUCGUCGGAGGAGUUGGGGAAAACCGCCGGGAAAGAUUUGAUCGCCGAUAAGCUGACGUAUCCGAAGCUAAUGGGUCUUGAGAAGUCGAAGGAGUUUGCGGAGAGGUUGAUGAGAGAUGCUCAAGAACAACUUCAAGGAUUUGAUUCGAAAAAGGUUGCACCUUUAUUGGCUUUGGCUAAUUACAUUGCCAAUAGACAGAAUUAA